CACUGGUGACAGGAGGUUUAAUAUUUUGCCCAGAAGAUUGGAAUUGCGAAUCUACGCGAAUAUUUUAUUGCUCGAUAUAGCAGGCGGGAGUGCAUCAAUAUGCUAACGAUUACUGGGCCGGGGGCCCACAGUCGAUUAAAGAGAUGGUGACGUGCGAUAACGAAAGCGCGUCUGCUGGCGGCUUCCACCUCGGCGCUCACGAUGACCACCGCCCGCGAGCGCCGAGCGUCUCCUCCCUGUCGCUCUACAAGCAGAAGAUUGAUGCGCUGUUCGACGACACUCGUUCCAUCAGCAGUAUCCCGCAGUAUACGACCACGUCGGAAACCGGACGGAAAGAUAGCAAGGCCAGUCUAAUCCAAGACGGUAAAACAACUAUACUAGAAGAUGAUAACACCUACUGUCAAAAUAAGAUCAAGAAGAUCAAUAACACUGUUCAAGAUCGAAUAGAGAGAAUGUUUGCGGAUAUGGCGGGGGAGUCCAGACAGAAUGCUGAGAGUAUAGGUGUGCACGUAUUCAGUGUACAUUAUCUGGGAUCGACACCUUUACAGAGUAAAGUAACAAGUCUUUCAGGACUGCAAGAUCCUCUCAGAGAUUUAUAUUUCGCCUUCAAAAGUAAUCAUCGCCACAAGAACAACUUUACCGGUAAAUUGGAAAUCUCUAAAAGUGGUUUAAAAGUUAGAUACAAAGGAGAAAAGGGAGAUUUAGAACAAUUGAAUCCUUUUCCUACAAUAGCAGUUUGGUCAGCAGUAAAAUUUCUAGUUCAAUCAUCAGACAAUGAUAAGAACGAAUUAAGUUAUGCAUUUGUUCCAUUAAUCACUGAUCCCGAUAAUAUCGAUCGACACGCACUAUUCAAAUCGUUAGAUUCUUCUGAAAAGAAAUAUAUCCUCUCCCACAACGAAAAUUCGCAUUCACCUCUUUUCGCUGUUGUGAUGAGGAAAAUAGGCGUUGCAAAACAAUUGGAGUGUCAUGGGUUUGUAUGUCAGACGACUGAGGACGCUAUUGUAAUAGCGGCCACGCUAUACAAAUCGCUUAUGUCACAUAUGAGUCGGCAGGGUCACGCAAAUAACAAAAAGUUGAGAAAUAGGAAUGGAGUGAGUUGUAUGAGUAUUACGAGUAGCUUGCAAGGGAAUGAUAUCCCUAUUCGACCACCUCGUAAAAAGCAUAGUACUUCCUCGUUGAGCGGUGAUAGUGAUCGAGCUGAUGGUUUUUCAGCAAGCGAAUCAUUUUGUGAGAAAUCAAAAUUAGAGAGAACUAAAAAUGUUAAUGAAGAUAUACCUCGUUUUUCAAUACCAACCUUGCCACCUUUUGGUUCUCAUCGAAUCACCGUCGAGGAAGUAAAAGCUAAACUAGACUUAAUAAGACAAAAUGACACUAGUAGUGAAUCUCAAGGAUCUAAGCACUCUGUUCCAAAAGAUUCUCUUAAUCUCACGUCAGUUCAAUCGUGUCAAAAUUUGCAAAGUAGUACUGAAUCUUCAGUCAGAAGCAAAAUAUCAGAAAAAAUUGAAUUAUUUCGAGAGUUAGAGAGGCGAAAGAGCAUACAGAGACCACCGAAUUUGCCUCCUCCUGUACCUUCUAAGCCUCCGACACAAGCACAAACUGAUCUUCCUAGAGAGCCUUUGAGACGUAGUCAAAGCGGAAGAAAAUCUCUUAGUGAAUCUGGGGAUAUUCUAACUAAAGUGGCCAUUCCUAGAUCUGGGAGUUUCUUAAACGCUGGAGGACUAACUCGUUAUAAGUCUAUCGGACAAAGAAACAACGGAAAGAAAGGGGGAGGGUCACCUUUGGGAUUUAAUGAACUAUUUAAUGAAUUUAAAGUGCAGGAAAACUUGCAUUCUAUGGAUGAAAUAUUAAAUGCAAUAAUUGACCCGGAAGGAAUGUCUUUUAAUGAUUUAAAACCGAUUUAUAAAGAGUUUCUGUUAAAAUUAGCAGUUACGCUGACGAAAGAUGAAAUAUUUCAGCACAGCAAAGCGAUAAUGAAAAAGCAAAAGAAAAAGAUUUUAAGAAGAAACAGCACAUUUCAGAACAAGCGAAGAAAAAUUUUCAAAGGUGCCAACGGACUUCGGAUGGUUUUUCGAUUACCGUUUGGUAAAGACUUUCGUAAAAAAGAGAAGAAAAAGCAACAUAGCAACUUUGAUAUAAAAUCACUGCAAAACGCCGUGACCGUUAAGGAGCAAAUUUCCGAAAGUUCGGUUUCUACAUCCAGCUACGAUUUGAGACAAUUCCGACCAAAGGAACCAGAUUUUCCCGCUCCAAAACGGCAAACAAUGAGACAAAGAAAUUCAAAACGCUCAGAUAAAUCUGUUCACGUUUCAAAGCGAAGUGGCAAGACUUCGAGGCCCGGGGAGAGGACAUCGACAUCGGAAGAUUCCGAUUUCUUGACAUUGAGCAAUCGCCUCGGAUGUCAAAACAGAAAUAGUUCGAGCGGAUAUGUUUCCUGCUCGGAGUGUGAAUCCGAGAGUUGUAUCGAUCGAUGCUAUUGCUCUCUAAAAGCCGAUUGCAAGCCCAGAUGUGACUGCUCUGCUAUUGAAAAUGGACAAGAUUCCGUGAAAGUCAAGUUGUUAGGGAAAAGCUGUAAAGAAUGCUCGAAAGAAGUGUAUGAUGGUGAUUAUAGUUACUGCUCCUGCGACUCAGAAAGCUGCGCCGACAGCAAUAAGUGCUAUUGUACUGGACCGAGAAGAACUGUCAUGCAAAGUUCCCAAAGUUUGGAGUACUUGAAAAGUCCUUCGAACAAAACAUACGCUGACAGAAUGAAGAGAGCUUACGAUGAUUACGAAGGGAAACCAAGAAGCAGGUCUGGCGCGUCGAGUCGUCGGCGCCGCGCGCGCAGCUCCGACAGCCUCGCGCUCGACUACGAGCUGCUCUUACAGAACAAGCCGCGGGACGCGCGCGCCAGGAAUAUGCAGCGACUCACAGUACGAAGCACUGGAGCCGGUUCCCAUGACGCCCUUAGUGUGAAGAAGUCCGCGGAGAUGGCAGCCUUAUUUGCAGAUGUUCGUCUCUCCCAGCGCACUGAUGUACGUUCUUUGGCUGGAGGGCGAAGAGCUAGGCCUCCACCUUUGUCGCCAUCACCACACCCUGUGCCACCUCUCGCAAGAAUGUUUGACCACAGACCGCUUAGCAGAAAUCCUAGCUUAGAGGAUACAUUGGGUUAUUUCCCAUGAUAUAUUUUUUAUUUGUUUUUCUUUUAGAUCAUAUAAUAAACUCUGCAUUGAAAUCGCUGUAUUUUUACUAAAAUGAUCGGAUUUCAUUCAAAUUUAAAUCAUAUAAAAUAAUUAACGAUCAGUCAUAUUAGCGCCCAACGUGGUUCAUUAUCAAAAUACUUUAAUAAUUAUUUUUUAUAUAAACGUUCAAUAUUAAUAAACACUAUCAUAAACAUAUAUUUUCCUUUAAAAUUUACUAAUUUUUUCGAACUAUUUAAAUAGUUUUUAGCGCUAUGCAAAACUGUCACUUCUUUUUACAAGCUAUUUUUCGCAUAAAUUAAUACUGAAUACACAUAGGUAUUUUGUAAAGAUAGUUAUUUAUUUUCUAUAUGUAUUCAGUUAUUGAUGCUCUGUGGUUUGGUGCAAUUUGUCAUAUUUUAUCUGUGUUUUAAUAAUAGUUCGUUAACAUUUUCAAGUAUCUCAUCACAUAUACCACCUUAUUCGUAAAAAAUAAGGAUUUUUAUUAGGUAUAUAGUUUUUAUAAAUAAACAAUGUAUGUAGUUAUUUAUUCAGAAAAUAACCGUUAUGCAUAUGUUAGGUUCUUUCAGUCACGAUUAACAGUUAAUUUUAAUAUAAUUUUACAACACGAAACGAUUUUUAUUGUAUAUGUUCGAAAUAAUAAUUAUUAUUCAAAUAUAUCUAUUGCUAUUUUUAAAUUUUCUCCAUUUAUUUUAGAAAUUAAAAAAAAACUAUGAAAUACACUGAAUACAUAUCACUGAUGUCAUUUAUCAUCUUUAUUUUAGAGCGAAAUUCUAUAUCGAAUUACGAAGUCACGCAAAAAGGUUUCACUGCACCAAAUAAUAUUAAGAGUAAAGGAACGUGCCGUUAUAAUUUUUAAAUAAAUGACGUUGUCAAAUUGACGUUUAGCAUCAAAAUGAUACAAAGAGAAUAGCGUAUUAUGUCAUUAAGUAAUUUGAUUAUGACAUUACCUCUUUGUUUUAUUAAUGUGUGUAGUCAUGUCAUUACUUUAAAUAUCGUUUCGUGGUUUUUAUUAUAAUUAAGUAUAAAGUAUAAUUUGAAUUACUUUAGAUUAUAAUAAAACGAUUCCUUCGACUCUAUUGUGCAAUUAACGUGCAAUAUUUUAAAUAAACU